UUUCCUAUAUUGAUAUUGUUUAUGUGUUGAUAAAAGUGUGUAAAUCUGUCAUGUGUGAUAAAUACAAAUAUAUUUAUCCUUUAUAUUGCAAGCCCAAUAGCACAUCCUAUGCUGAAGUGAUAUCUGUAGUCUAGGAAAAUUGUCAUUGGCUAUUGUGGCCUUUUUAGCCUGAUUGACUAUGCAUUUAUGACUACAUUUAUUCAGAAGUGACUUCAAUGGGACUGUCACCUAGACAGGAUUUUUUCUCAGCCCUGCAUCAAGAUGCCAUGCAAGAGAUUGGCCGUGGCUCCUUCUGCAUGCAAAGCAUGUGCUCUACUACUGAGUUACAGCCCCUCCCCUUAGGAGCUGGUGAAUCAGGAAAAAGCACAAUUGUCAAACAAAUGAAGAUUAUCCAUGAAGCUGGUUAUUCAGAAGAAGAAUGUAAACAGUACAAAGCUGUUGUCUACAGUAAUACAAUUCAAUCCAUUAUCGCUAUCAUUAGAGCAAUGGGGAGGUUGAAGAUAGAUUUUGGGGAUUCUGCCAGAGCUGAUGAUGCUCGUCAACUCUUCGUUCUCGCUGGAUCAGCAGAGGAAGGCUUUAUGACAGCAGAACUUGCUGGAGUUAUCAAGAGACUGUGGAGAGACAGUGGUGUUCAAGUUUGUUUCAACAGAUCAAGAGAGUAUCAGCUUAAUGACUCAGCAGCAUACUACUUGAAUGACUUGGACAGGAUAGCCCAGACUAGCUAUAUACCAACACAGCAGGAUGUCCUCAGGACUAGAGUGAAAACCACAGGAAUAGUGGAAACUCAUUUUACUUUCAAGGAUCUCCAUUUUAAGAUGUUUGAUGUUGGGGGCCAAAGAUCAGAACGGAAAAAAUGGAUUCACUGCUUUGAGGGAGUCACAGCCAUAAUUUUUUGUGUUGCACUGAGUGAUUAUGAUUUGGUCCUUGCUGAAGAUGAGGAAAUGAAUAGGAUGCAUGAAAGCAUGAAAUUAUUUGACAGUAUCUGCAACAAUAAAUGGUUUACAGACACUUCCAUUAUCCUCUUCUUAAAUAAGAAGGAUCUUUUUGAAGAAAAAAUCAAAAGGAGUCCCCUCACUAUUUGCUACCCAGAAUAUCCAGGAUCAAAUACAUAUGAAGAGGCAGCUGCAUAUAUCCAGUGUCAAUUUGAGGACCUGAACAAAAGAAAAGACACAAAGGAAAUUUAUACUCACUUCACAUGUGCUACAGAUACUAAGAAUGUUCAGUUUGUCUUUGAUGCUGUAACUGAUGUUAUCAUAAAGAAUAACCUAAAAGACUGUGGUUUGUUCUAAACAUUAAUAUCAAAUUGUACUUUUUUUUGCAUUAACCAAAUGAGUCACAACUUCAUUUUUUUAGACCAUAAAUAUUUUUAUGAGUGAUACCUAAGUCAUACUCAAACUAGACACUCUGAAAUUAUUGGACUUAAAUUUAUUGAUUUCAACAAGUCUACUCUGAGAAUGACCAACAUUGGCUACCACCCUAUGUUUUUGUUUAUGUUUCUGAUUUUCCUAGUCUUGAUUAGGUUGAAACAUAAAAUUCAAAUCUACAGGUUUAUGUGGUAACAUGAAAAAGCAUUGGCCAGACCAAUAUUGUACUAGCUUAUUUAAACAGUUUUAUUUAUGUUUGUUGUAUAGAUUUAAAUAGUGUUGAAUAACAAUCAACACAUGAUGAUUGUCUGUUUAUGUGUGACUGUGUGUUGUUUAUGUAAACACUGAACAAAUAUUUUAACGCAUCCCGUAGAAUUUUCAUGUUUUAAGGACUGCUUUUUCUGUAGGAGAAAAUGUUUUUCCUUUUAGAUUUUUCAUUAUUCAAACAAAUAUUUUUAAAAAACAAACAAACCCUUAAUUUUCCAUAUAAUACACGUGACAUAGUUGUUCUUAGAUUUUAUUUAUGCCCCUGUAAUUAGCAGAGUAGGCUUUUUCUUGAUUAUAGGAUCCUUUACACUUGCUCAGGAUUAAAUAAGAAAUGCCCCA